AUGAACAAGGACUUAUUUAAGAGCCUAAGAAUCUUGUCCAAUAGCCAGAACACCAGCCAAGUGCCCACGGAACUUGUUGUGGAUGGAAGGUCUAUGACGGAAGAAGAAGAGAUAAUCAAAGAGCUAGGUAACAGCUUUUUUCCUGCCCCAAAACCAAUUGGCCCAGAGCAGGAAGAAAUUAUCAACACGUAUGCAAACUACAAGAAAGCAAGCGCAAAUGAAGUACAACCAACCAUUACAAGUGAAGAAGUAGAAGCAGCAGUCUUCGCACUAAACGCAAGCUCGUCUCCGGGCACAGAUGGGAUCUCAAUCUCAAUUAUACAAGAGGUAUAUUCAUUACUAGCUGAUACCCUCCGGAUCUUAUACAAUAAGUGCUUAGACCUCAAAUACUAUCCUAAGCAAUGGAAGGACGCGAAGGUAACUAUACUUAAAAAACCCAAUAAAGAGUCAUAUAAAAAUGUUAAAAGCUUCCGACCUAUUAGUGUUCUGAAUUCCCUUGGUAAAAUAUUUGAGAAAAUUAUUUACAAUAGGCUAACAUGGAUGUUGGUGACAGAGAAAUGGUUUGGAGAGAGUCAGCAUGGAUUUCGACAAGGAAGGUCAACAGUGAGUGCCAUGCAUUCUCUGGUAAGCACAAUCGAAACAAACCGUGAAAGCAGAGGUUACACAGCAGCGGUUUUUCUGGACAUAAGCGGGGCGUUUGAUGGGGCUUGGCCGGCAGCGAUACUGGCAGCACUGACCAAAAGGAAGUGCCCACUCUAUCUCAUUGACAUAAUCGCAAGCCUGCUCAAGGAUCGGACCGCGAUAAUCAAAACAAAUCAGGGACUUUACAAAUGCUCAAUACAAAUAGGGUGCCCACAGGGCGGAGUCCUAUCUCCAUUCUUGUGGAUCAUCCUGGCGGAAGAGCUCAUAAGUAUGUCGUAUCCUUUCCCCUAUAAAAUAAUUGGCUAUGCGGACGAUAUUGCUAUCGUCUGCUGGCACAAAGUUAUUGAUAUUGCCAUAAGCAAUUUACAGCUAAUAGCUAACGACACAGUGGCAAAAUGUGAUCGCUAUCUAUUAGAUAUAAACGCACUCAAAACAAUUCUCAUGAUUUUCUCAAACAAAAGAACAAUAGAGCCAUGUAACUUUAAAAUCAAAGAAAACAUUAUCUCACCCUCUGCGACUUCCAAGUUUGUCGGUUUCGAAUUAGAUACCAAACUCAGUUGGAAGUCACAUAUUGAGGAAAAAUGUCGGGCAACCCAAAGACAAAUCCACAUUCUGAGGAGAUGUUUAAGGCGCACCUGGGGUUUAGACACAAAAAAACUGGUCACUCUCUACAAAACUAUUAUUGUACCCAAACUCCUUUAUGGAUGCUCAGUGUGGUGUCGUGUUAUUCUAAUCAAAUCAUACAAGACCAAAUUGCAAACUGUUCAAAGAUCGAUGCUCAAAUGCAUCACACGAUCGCUAAAAAAUGUGCCCUUAAAUUCCCUUCUAAUUAUUUCAAAUUUCUUACCUAUCGAGCUAAAAAUCCUUGAAUUUUCUGUCAAUUAUUAUCUUUCUCAUAAACAUGUCGAAUUUUCUCCCUCCUCUGCCGCAACUAUUGGUGCGGUACUGCAUAAACAAAAACUCGAUCAAACAAUGGACAGCACGCGAAAAUUCCACUCGCGAAGUCACCCACCAUGGAAGCUGAGCAAACUGAACUACAGAUCAGAAGAUGAAUCUACACUUCCACCAGAAGAAAACGGCCUGGCCAUCUACACUAAAAGCCACAAAUCUACAGCAGGAGUCGGACUUGGGAUUGUCUGUUGUGCAUCAAAGGUAGUCGUCCAAACCGCACAAGAGAAGUUAGCCGCAAACACAACUGAAAACCAGGCGGAAAUCCUAGGCCUGCUAGCUGCACUACAAUAUGCUGUUGCAAAUAAGAGCAACUAUACUAGCUGCAAUAUUUUUUGCAAAUCUGUCCCUGCCCUCAAGGACUGCACUAAAAAUGAAAAACUGAACGAAGCAGCAAUCACCUGUAGAAAGCUAUGCUACGACAAUCGGGACCACAUUCAUCUCAAUCUAGUCGCUAAAGAAGCAGAAGGUAUUGACCUCGCAAAAGAAGCAGCAAAAGCUGUCCUCGAUCUUGGCUCUCAAGUAACUAAAGAUCAACCCUGGUCAAUAGAACUUCUCAAAGAUAAGAUCAAGACGGAAAUUCAAAAGCUGUGGAGUGACGAGUGGGCCGGCAGCAAAACAGGAACACACACAAGAAGAUUUUUCCCGCGACCAUCGGACGCCAGCUGCCUAAAUGGAAGCUACAUACAUCAGGAAAUAACCCAAGUCCUAACGGGGCAUUGCAGACUAAAUCACCAUCUCCAUCUCAUCAAAACAAUCUCAUCACCGCAGUGUGAGUGCGGCCAUGGCGACGAAACAGUAGAACAUUUUCUGUUCCACUGUGCACGAUACGCAAGUCAAAGAUCACACCUCAUCCAGGCGUGCUCAAGCAGCAAAAAAACGUUUCCACCAUCGCUAGAGGACAUCCCAAAGUUCCGGCACAUAUGGAAAGAGUUUAAAGACUUCAUCCUGAAGACCGAAAGGUUAAAAUAA